CUUUAUGUGAGACACAGCAGAACAGGUUCUUGCCAGUGAGUACAGAGGGCGGGGCAGACUCGCGCCAUGUUUUCGAUUGAAUGCGGGCGCAAUGUCGGUCGGAGGCAUCGACUGAACUCCUGCUGCCGUGAGUGUCCCGGCCUCAAGUGGAAAAUUGGCCACGUGCACAUAGACGCAUCUUCUCUCCGUAGACGUGUGCGUGUCUUUCAGUGGUGAAUUCUAGGAAUGACACGUGGCACGCGUCGAGCAUGGAGAGGGAUUGCCAUCGGCUGUCUCACAGCCGCUCUGCUUAGAGUGGUUUUUGAAGAGCGGGAACACGCUUCAGAGGCGAAGCGGGCGGAAGGGCGGGGACGGGGGCGGAAGGCAGUGCGCAAGGGCGGCUGUUGUCGCGCAUGCGCGGGCGUCUUCUUCUGUCGCACUCUGAUUAGCGGCACAUGUAGCGCAUAGAGCACGCGCCACGCCGGCACGUCGUUGCUUGAUGGCCAUUGCCGUAGGUGAUAGGUCGAGAGAACAGGGUGUUUGAUAGUUUGUUUGAGCCUUUUUGUUCUCUCUCUCUCUCUCUGUGUAGCGUUUGAUUGAUUGCUUGGAUGAUUGGUUGAUUGAUUAUUGUGUGAUUAGUCAAUUGAUUGAUUUUUGUUGAUAGAUAGGUCGCGGCUUUCAAUGGAUUGGAAGGUCUCGGUAAGGCGUACAGAUCUUCCGUCCAUAGUCUUGCCUUGGAUUCUGAUUCCUGGCUCGUUCUCGGUUUUCGUUGUGGCGGUACGAGCGUGGAGUGAGAAGGCAUUUGUUGACGGCAUCAUUUAUGUGGCCUUUCCCGCCAUUGGCUGGCAUCUUCUGGCCACGUGGUUGCGGUCGAUCGUAUAUCGCCCGCCAUUUGGUCCGAGCUUCAUUUUGGCGGGAAUCACAACGACGUAUCUGAGUUACUUGUACUGGAUAAGAGAAGUGGUUGGCGCGCUUUCCGACGUGGCAUUCCAUCUGCUCGUUCUUGUGACAACGGGAUCGCUAAUUUGCGUUAUCCGUAGCGAUCCCGGUCUCGUUCUUACUUCUCGAGCAAGUAAGGAAUUGGAUAUGGAGAUGGGGAUGACGGUGAGAGUAUUAAGAGACGACGAAGAGAGCAGUGUAGAACUAGCACAAUCGACCGAGAGUGGUGGGAAAGGAGGAGGAAGAGGAGGAGGAGGAGGAAGAGGGCUGAACGAGAUGGAAGACGGAAAAGCGAGACAUGUGGUACGUUGGGGAGAGCGAGAAGAAGAAGAACAAGACGAGGACGAUGAGGGCGAUGAAGUCUACGACAAGGAGGAGAAAGAAAAAAAGGAAGAAGAAGAAGAAGAAGAAGAAGAAGAAGAAGAAGAAGAAGAAGAAGACGAAGGAGAGGUUACAGAACAAAGAGGAUCGAAAGAGGCCAAGUCUUUGCCAUCGCUACUAGCGACGGUGAUUUCCAAGGACAAGAGAGGUGAAGGUGUUUUGUCCCAGCCCCUUCUUCCUCUCAGGGGGCAAAGGGGGGAAGCAGGAGGAGGAGGAGGAGGAGGAGGAGGAGGAGGAAGAAGAGGAAGAAGAGGAGGAGGAAGAGGUUCAGUCAAUCAGAGGAAACAGGAUCGUGACGACUUGUUUUUCUCGCUGACGUCAUCAGGAGGGUAUGAAGAAGAGAGAUCUCCUACCUCUCCUACCUCUCCUACCUCUCCUCCUCCUCCUCCUCCUCCUCCUGUUCCCCCAUUGGAUCUGUCUUCCUCUGCCAUCUCCCCCUUCUCCCUCUCCUCCUAUUGCCGCACGUGCAAUAUCGAUCGCCCACCUCGAUCUAAACAUUGUGCCAAGUGUCGCGUCUGCGUUUAUCGCUUUGAUCAUCACUGUCCAGCUGUCAAUAACUGCAUUGGUCGGAAUAACCAUCCUCUGUUUCUGUUCCUUCUCUUGGUGUUCAUUCUUGGGCACGUUUUCACUGUGGUGAAAGUGUGUGAAUGUCUCCGGGUAAAAGGCGUUUUUACUCUUGAGGUUGAGCCUGCUGGUCUCCACGAAGAAGGAAACUACGACAGUCAUGGGCCCGGCCUGAUCCCAUCUGCUCUUCGUGAAGAUAGUUUUUUCUAUCCGUUGGAAAAACUUUUAGUUCUUGCAUGUCGUGUCAUCCUCACUCACCCUUGGCUAGUCUGUGUUUUACUAUUCAAUCUCUUCAAUAGCUUAUGGAUGACACCCUUCUUUUCCUUUCACCUUUAUUGUAUAAGUGUCAACAUCACAACCAACGAAUUUGUAAAUUGGGAAAAAUACCCUGCCAUGUAUGUGGAGACCCCCCCCUUGCCUGGAAGACCCUUUGCGGGAAGGGAAUUUCGGAAUCCUUAUAAUAAAGGGUUUUUUAGAAACUGGUACUCGUUUAUUCAAGGAGAAGACUUUCUUUCCUAAAUAGGAAGGAAGGGAAGGGAAGGAAGGGAAGGAAGGAAGGGAAGGAAGGAUAUGGAUGGAUAUGGAUGGAUGGAUGGAAACGG